GAACUACCUCAUAUAUUUGAGCUACGUACGCACUUUUUUGGAACUAAAAUUGACUUUUGAAAAACGUCAUUCGUAUAUUUUGACGGAUUCCUGCUGACGCCCCUGUUUUGAAGAUUUUUAUAAUGUCCGAAGCAACAUCUAAAGGUAUGAAGGUUAAUUAUAGUCAUGCUGCAACGUAUGAGAAGAACUCCGUUAAUUUUAAGACGCAAAUUAUCUUGGAAAAAAUUUUCAGAAAAGGAAACUGAAAAGUCUGGAAAUAAGCAGAGUAAAGGUGAAAAUGCCGAGGCAGGAGCUUCUGAUAGUACAUCUGGAAUGAGUGUAAAUGCUUUGAGGAGGUAUUUAGAAGAAAAAUUGGGUUUUUAUGAUGAUGACGAUGUAGAGAAACCUUCAGUUGAGAAAGUUAAGGUACUGGAUGAAGUGUCUCUAGACGGAAUUGUAAAAUAUAUUAAAGAAAAACAGUGUAAAAACAUAAUAACUAUGGCAGGGGCUGGAAUAUCGACUUCUGCUGGUAUUCCCGAUUUUCGUUCUCCAGGUACAGGUUUGUACCACAACCUACAGAAGUACAAAUUACCCCACCCACAGGCAAUUUUUGAACUGGAUUUUUUCGUGGAAAAUCCAAAACCAUUUUUUGUUCUUGCUAAAGAGCUUUACCCAGGUUGUUUUAAGCCAACUGUGUGUCACUAUUUUAUUAAAAGUUUGAUCGACAAGGGGCUUCUGUUAAGGCAUUACACACAGAAUAUUGAUACUUUGGAAAGAGUGGCUGGUAUAACCGAUGAUAAGAUUGUCGAGGCUCAUGGUACCUUCCAUACAGGACAUUGUCUUGGUUGCAGGAAGUUAUACAAUCAAGAAUGGAUGAAAGAAAGGAUAUUUAAAGAUGAAAUACCUACAUGUGAAAUAUGUCCAGGGAUUGUAAAACCAGACAUAGUCUUUUUUGGCGAAAAUCUACCUGAGAAAUUUCACAAUUUAACAAACAAGGAUUUUGCAAAAUGCGACUUGUUAAUUAUAUUGGGAUCUUCUUUGGUUGUUCAACCUUUUGCCUCUUUAGUAGACAGGGUUAAAGAUGGAGUGCCGAGACUUCUCAUCAACAGAGAAAAAGCCGGCGAGCAAAGCAAACUGAUGGCUCUGAUGGGCAUGGGCGGGGGGCUACAAUUCGACGCCGAAGACAACGCUAGAGAUGUCGCGUGGCUGGGCGACUGCGACGAGGGCUGCCUGGAAUUGGCCGACAAAAUGGGCUGGGGCGACGAAUUGCGCGAGCUGUGCAAGAAGGAACACGAAAGGAUCGAAAAAGAAACCGACAAGGAAGAUAAGAGUGAGAGCGACGAAAAAGAAGAAGCAGACAGUGAGAUUAAAAAGGAAGACUGAGUUUUCUAGUAUGGUGUUAUUUUAUUUUGAUAUAAAAGGAAGACAUGUACAUUGUUUAAAAUUGUUAAAAUUAAAAACUUUUAUUCUUAACAAAUAAAUACAUUAAAUAAAGCUUUAGUAACUUCUUCCAAACAAAGUGUAGGCUUUUGGUUUUCUUGUGCAAGCUGGGUGGAUACAUUUGUCGGUUGGUUUGAUUGCUGUUGGUUGUUCCAAAGGAAUACACAGCGAUUUUGCACCCAUUGAAGGGGCAGCUGAAUCAGC